GUUUGUUUCCAGUAACUAAGGUGCUGACAAGUUUUGGCUUCUUCAUCCUCAUAAACAUGAGCGAAGUUCAGGCUAUGGUAGAAUUCUCCGUGGAGCUCCACAAAUUCUUCAAUGUGGAUUUGUUCCAAAGAGGUUUUUACCAGAUUCGUGCAUCUAUGAAAAUCCCACCAAGAAUUCCCCACAAAUUGGAAGCUAGCUUGUUACACGCAGCCGGUGCAGAUCUUGCCUUUCCUGCUUCAGUCCAUGACAAUGUAGUUUGCAGUAAAACAUUUCAGAUUCUUUAUAAAAAUGAGGAAGUUUCUGUGAAUGAUGUGAUGAUUUUCAAAGUAAAAAUGCUGUUAGAUGAGAGGAAGAUUGAAGAGUCUCUUAAUGAAAUGAAUUUUCUGCUAACACUAGAUCUACACUUCACAGAUACAGACUAUUCACCCGAUGAUCUGAGCACACUACAGCCAAUCAGUAGCCGAACUUUAAAGCUGCACUUUAACUUGCAUCGGGGCCUUCAUCAUUACGUCAACGUUAUGUUUGACUACUUCCACCUUUCUGUCAUAUCUGUCAUAGUCCAUGCUUCUUUGGUUGCUCUGCAUCAGCCAUUGAUAAGCUUUCCUCGCCCUGUGAAGAAUACAUGGUUGAACAGGAAUGCACCAGCACAAAACAGGGACUCUGUGAUUCCUUCCCUUGAAAGUGUGGUCUUUGGCAAUAACUACACAAAACAGUUAUCAGCAGAUGGUUGCAGUUUUGUGGUUUCAGAGUCUUUCCUCAAUCAUGCCUAUAAUUUCCACUACACACUUUGUGCCAGUUUGCUGCUUGCUUUCAAAGGGUUACAUAGCUAUUUCAUUAUGAUAACAAAGGAGCUCCCCUCUUCCCACCGAAUUGAACUGGCCAAGGCCAGCAUGCAGGUCCUUUAUGAACGCCUUCUCAGAAGAAAAUAUCCACGAGCCCAGAGAGACGCCUACCUAGAAAACAUAGAUGUAGAAGUCCGUCUUACAGAACUGUGUGAAGAAGUAAAGAAAAUGGAAAAUCCUGAUGAACUGGCAGAACUUAUAAAUAUGAACCUUGCUCAGCUGUGCUCACUUCUCAUGGCUCUCUGGGGGCAAUUUCUGGAGGUCAUUGCCUUGCAAGAGGAAGUCACCGCAUUGCUAGCACAGGAACAUCACACCUUAAGGGUGCGCAGAUUUGCGGAGGCUUUCUUUUGCCUCGAGCAUCCCAGGCAAGCUGCCCUGGCUUAUCAGGAACUACAUGCUCAAAGUCAUCUGCAAAUGUGUGCAGCUAUCAAAAAUACUUCCUUCUGCAGUUCUCUUCCACCCCUCCCUAUUGAAUGCAGUGAACUAGAUGGAGAUAUGAACUCCUUACCUAUAAUCUUUGAAGAUCGGUAUUUAGAUUCAAUCACUGAAGAUCUGGAUGUACCCUGGUUGGUAGUUCAGAAUCUUCCAAGGUCAGAGUCCAAUAAACUGGAUAAAUUUGAUGCUGAAGAAGGUUUUGUAGCUGGUUUUACUAGCCCAGAAUUGAAAAUAAGACCUGCAGGUGCCUCCAACCUUUGGCAUUCAGACAGUGAAAAGCUGCUAGCAAAAUCGUUGAAAGGGAGAAAUGAAGAUGCAAAUAAAUCCAAAGUUAAGGUUACGAAGCUUAUGAAAACAAUGAAACCCGAAAACACAAAAAGAAUUGUGAAGCAGAACUCUAAGGACUCUGUGGUCUUAGUAGGCUACAAGUGCUUGGCCGCUGCGUUCCCUGGGGACACCACGAGCUGCGCCAGCCCGGCGAGCCAGCCCGAGGCUACCUGCUUGCCAGCUAGAACUGAGCAAAAGGCAGCCGAGACGGAAAGCGCUCAGGCCAGUCAAGGUAGCCCGGGGAAUUCUCACUGCACAAACGUGACUGUUUUUGGUGGACUUAGUAGCCCCCAGGCAGGUCCUGGAGUUAGGGAAGCAGAGGGUGCUCUGGAGCCCGGGGCUUCGCUUGACGCUUGUCAUGGAGGUCAGGCAGCUUCAUCGGGCGUCAGGACGAUUGAGGUCAAACCCAGCGAUAAGGAUCCUUAUGAAGGGGAGAAGGUGGCUGUUCACAUUGGAUCGUGGGCUGAGUUUCCCCAAGAUGGAGUGCCAGGAGGGAAUCUGCAGACACCCAAUAUCCAGGCUUCGGAAUCUGGAAAUAAACUGAACUCAGGAGAACAGGAACAAGUAUUUGAGAAAGAAGAUGUCCAUGAAAGAAAUCUGCAACAUACCUGUGUUGUCCCUACAAGAAUAAGAAGUUGUCAGCCUGUCCUUUCUGCAAAAGAAACUCAAGCUUCUCUGAGUGGAGACGUGACUAAAUUGCCGGACGUUAAUGUGACAUGUGCCUCUUCUCGGUUUUCAGAUUCAGGUGUGGAAAGUGAACCAAGCUCUUUUGCAACACACCCCAACCCUGAUCAGGUUUUUGAAAAUGUUCAAGGGCAAAGUGCAUACAAUAGUGAGAGAUUAUUUCCUCAGCUUUUACUAAAGCCAGACUAUGCUAUAAAAAAUGCAGUAGAGAGCCAUUGUACUGAGAGUACCAGUGCUGUAAGUGAAAUACAAUCAUCCCUGACAUCCAUAAAUUCGCUGCCUUCAGAUGAUGAUGAUGAGCUGUCACCUGAUGAAAAUUCAAAGAUAUCUAUUGUACCUGAAUGUCAGCUAAGUGACAGCAAAACUGUAUUGGACCUUGGAGCAAUUGACAUAACAAAAUGUGAGGACAGUAAAAAAACAGACACCAAUUUGCAGCAACAGUGUGUUGUAUUUCCAAAUAAUGAAACUCUGCCUAUACAUUCCUCACAUUCAGGCACAAAAGGUCUUUUGGACUUGGCUGUUUCAGAUGAAGAUACAUCUACUAAUAGGAGAAGUUAUGGCCCUGAGGCAAACCUUUCCACAACUUCUAAGGACUCUGAGGACCUUGAGAAGCAUCAUAACACUACAGCAGAAACAGCUAAGUUGCAUUUGGAAGCUCCUCACAUGGCUGAGCCAUCUGUUGUGUUAGGUUGUUCAUCCACGAGCGCGGAGUGUGAGCUUGACAAACACAGCGAAGAGAAACAUAAUGAAACCGCAGAAGUACAAGAGACGACCGAACAAUUGUUAGUAGUUAAAAGUGAAACUGGUGCAGACAAUCUUUCUCCAACCAGUAGUACUGAUAUAGUAAAACAAGGGCUUGUAGAAGACUAUUUUGGCUCGCAAAGCAGCACAGAUAUUUCAGAUAUUUGGCCAACGGACAACAGCAAUCCUAUUACCCCUCAAAAGGAAACAUACGAAAAACAAGCAAUUUGCCCUUCCCAACAAGACGAGGAGGAUGAGGAGGAUCAGGAAAUGAUUGAGAACGGGUAUUACGAAGAGGCGGACUACAAUAUUUCACUGAGGGGCUCCCCGCGCAGCGCCGGCCGCCCGCCCGGCGCCCACCCUGCCGCCAUCACGCAGCAGCCGGGCGACACCUCCUGCGGCUCCGCGUCCGCCCUGCCCUGGUACGACAGCUCCCCCAAGCCUCAGAUGCUGGCUUUCAGUUUCCUCCAGGCCAAAGAAGAACUGAAGCAACUUAAACUUCCUGGAUUUAUGUAUAGUGAUGUUUUCAAACUGGCUUCUUCAAUACCUUAUUUUAGUAUGGAAGAGGAUGACUGUUCAGAGGAUGGAAUACAUCUCAUAGUCUGCGUCCACGGCCUGGAUGGUAACAGCGCAGAUCUCAGAUUAGUGAAGACUUACAUUGAGCUAGGGCUGCCUGGAGGGAGAAUAGAUUUUCUUAUGUCCGAGAGGAAUCAGAAUGAUACCUUUGCUGAUUUUGAUUCCAUGACAGAUCGCCUGUUAGAUGAAAUUAUACAGUAUAUUCAAAUUUAUAAUCUAACCCUAUCAAAAAUCAGCUUUAUCGGACAUUCGCUGGGUAAUUUAAUAAUCCGUUCAGUGCUCACAAGACCUCGGUUCAAAUAUUACCUCAACAAACUUCACACCUUCCUGUCUCUGUCUGGACCACAUCUUGGUACACUCUACAACAGCAGUGCUCUUGUUAAUACAGGUCUGUGGUUUAUGCAGAAGUGGAAGAAGUCUGGUUCCUUACUGCAGCUGACGUGUCGAGACCAUUCGGAUCCACGACAAACUUUCCUAUACAAGCUUAGUAAAAAAGCAGGUCUUCAUUACUUCAAAAACAUAGUGUUAGUGGGAUCUCUGCAGGAUCGUUAUGUUCCUUACCACUCUGCUCGCAUUGAGAUGUGUAAAACGGCAUUAAAGGAUAAGCAAUCAGGACCAAUUUAUGCUGAAAUGAUCCAGAACCUGCUGCUGCCAGUUCUUCAAAAUAAGGAAUGUAAUUUGGUUCGUUAUAAUGUAAUUAAUGCAUUGCCCAAUACAGCAGAUUCGCUUAUAGGGAGAGCUGCACACAUUGCUGUCCUUGAUUCAGAAAUAUUUUUAGAAAAGUUCUUUCUUGUUGCUGCCCUAAAAUAUUUCCAGUAAAGUGUUGUAAGAGACUUGGUUAUUACCUCAUUAACAGAUGAAUCAAAUAAUGUGUGGUAUUAAAGUAUAGCUGCAGCUGUAUUUUAAGAGAUAUUUAUACUUUUUAUAUGGAAGAUAAUUUAUAUCAUCCACACUUAGGGCUUUUUUAACAUCAACUUUUACUUUCUAGGCAAUGUGGCUGUGCAAUAUUUUUUUUCAUUUUAUUCUUUUUACUUUAUUACUUUUUCUUAAUUUUGGGUACCUAAUUAUUUGGAGAUUAAAGCACAGUGUGUACUUUUGGUUGGGAUAUUAUUGGCUCUUAGACUUAUGAAGUCAAUGUUACAUGGCUACAUUUUGCUAGAGGCUUUAGAUGCCAAAAUAAAUGGGAAGUUAAAAUU